UAUGCUUAAAAAAAGUGAAAGGUCCAUAGAAGACCCCAAGGAAGUAAAUCCUUCCUUCUUCCCUAAAACCCUGAAUCAGCCACUUCCAGAGAAAAGAAAAGAAAAACCCAUACGAGUUUUCGUAUAUAAACCCGCCGAGUUAACCCGCUUCAUUACCUGACUCAGCUACCACUCAGUCCCAACGCAAAAGAAAAGAAAAGGAAAAAUAGAAAGAAAGAUGCAAGUCCUUUCGAACGCUCGCAAUCUCGCUAGGGUUUUAGGAUCUCGAACAAUUCUUUUCAAUUCUAAUCAACUUUACCUCUCAUCUUUGAUUCAAUCUCCUAGCUCUUCUCUUCAAUGCCAACUUCACAGUGACGCUUCCUUAGGGAUUAAUGGAAGCUGUUAUUAUCCAAUGCCUCUGCAUUCAAUUUAUCCGAUGAUUUCAAGGACAUUUUUUUCGACAGAAGCUGGAACAGUUAAUAGCAAUCCAACUGAGGCAGUUAAGGAACUCUAUGAUGACAUGCUUCAAUCUGUAAAUGUUAAACGAACAAUGCCUCCGAAUGCUUCUCUAUGGUCAAUGAUCGGAAACUGCAAAAAUCGUGAAGAUAUUAAGCUUCUUUUCGAUGUUCUCCAGAAUCUACGAAGAUUUCGAUUAUCGAACCUACGGAUUCAUUCAAAUUUUAAUUGCAAUCUCUGCCAACAAGUUGCCAAGACUUGUGCUCGUGUGGGAGCCAUUGAUUUUGGAAAGAAAGCUUUGUGGCUGCACAAUGUUUAUGGACUGACUCCUAGUGUUGCAUCUGCACAUCAUUUAUUGUCGUAUGCUAAGGCUCAUAAUGAUGCUAAACUCAUGGUGGAAGUAAUGAGGCUUUUAAAAAGGAACAACUUACCAUUACAAGCUGGCACUGCGGAUAUUGUUUUCAGCAUUUGUUACAAUACAAAUGAUUGGGAGUUGAUCUCUAAGUACUCGAAGAGGUUUAUGAAGGCUGGUGUUAAUCUACGACAGACUACAUUUGGCACUUGGAUGGAAUUUGCCAUCCGAAGAGGAGACACAGAGUCACUGUGGAAUAUUGAGAAACUGCGAUCUGAGUCAAUGAAGCAGCAUUCUCUCACCACUGGUUUUGCAUGUGCCAAGGGUUUACUACUAGAACGCAAGCCCGAGGAUGCUGCAGCUCUUAUCCAAGCCCUUAAUGAGACUCUAUCCGAUGGAAGGAAGCAGAGCAUUACAGUUGAAGUUGAAAAGCUGGUAAACGAAUGGCCUUCAGAAGUUCUUAAACAUCAAAAAGAGGAGGAUAAGAAGGCAUUGGCUGCAUCUUUGAAAUCAGAUAUUCCUACCAUGGUUGCUAGUCUACUAAACAUUGGUUUAGCGAGGGACGUAAAAUUGGAAGACUUGACGAAAAACGAAAUUCUAUCAUAGGGCAGGGAAGAUCGGAGUCAAAAAAACCGGAACUAUGGUACCUUUGUCUCAACAAAGCUUCCUUCAACAAUGUUAAGACAUUUCUGAGAAUUGUUGUCACAUAGUAAGCACUUUUUUUUAUCACUUUAAUGUUCAAGAAAUCCUUUUGUUCAUUUAAUUUUACAAAAUAAAAUUUUGAAAA